AUGUUCAAUACGCUAUCACUGGAGGUCUCGCUUAUGUCUCAGACUUCCAAGGUAACAUUAAACGCUCCAGCAGCUCAUAUCGGAUUCUUACCUUUCUUUCCAGGCGUUGGCGUUGGUCUCACAGAUCCCCAAAUCCUGACUGCACCGCAAUUUGGUAAUGACCUCUUUGGCGAUGGAAAUCUUGGGGAAGCGUUCAAUCUGUUUCCCCUUCAGCACCAGUGUAACAAGUACUGUGAAUGGUUCGAACUUCAAAAUCCUUCGGAGAUCGCGCAGAUGGGAGACCAAUUAGCCACAGGAAACAAGAAGUCAUUGGGAAAGUCUAAAGGAAAGGUCUCAAUUCUUGGAACUCAGUAUAACUCUGAUUAA